UACACUUACAGCCGUUUUCCAUGUUUUCAGAGACAAAUUUAGCAUCAGAAACAGUACGCAUGUCGAUCUCUAACUCCUUUAUGCAUGUAGUUUUGACUCUCUAUCUCUAUUUUUAUUCUUUUUUAAAAAUGACUCUCUAUUUCUGUCUAGAUACCCCUAAUCCCAAUACAAGCUAGUUAUAAAGAAGGAUUACAAACCAUGCACAAAGAGUAGUGAACCUUCAAACUUCUCUUCCUCUAGUCUUCCAAGCUCUCUUCAAGAACUAGCAAAACCCAUUUUGUAAGUGUUAUGUUGUUUUCGAAAUAAGUGAAUUCCAUGGAAGAUGAUAAGAGUAUUAUUAGUAGUAGUGUUUUUGAUGGGACGGUUACAGGUGGUGGUAGUACUGGUGGUUGUAGGUGGAAUCCGACAAAAGAACAAAUAAGUUUACUAGAGGGUUUGUACAGUCAAGGAAUCAGAACUCCUAGUGCUGAGCAGAUACAAGAGAUAACAUCUAAGUUGAAAGUGUACGGCCAUAUUGAAGGUAAAAAUGUCUUCUAUUGGUUUCAAAAUCAUAAAGCAAGGCAGAGACAGAAACAGAAACAAGAACAAGAUCUCGACAACAACAUCUUCUAUUACAAUCAAUUUCUUCUCCAUCAUAAAUCUCCACCGCGACUAUCGCCACCGCUUUUUGCCCCUCCACCUUGCAAUAACAACGGUCUAGCCAGUGCGUUUUUUAUACCACCAUUACCAAUUCCACCACCACAACAGACAUUUAGUACUCCCGUUAAUAGUGCAUAUUAUCAGUACCCAAACACUAAAGUGGUGGUGGUUCCCCCAGGAGAAGUUGCCAUGAGGAGGCACGUACAAGCAGAUGAUUUAAGUAGCGGCAGUACUGCAGGGUACAAACCUGUUCAGUACCGAUUGGAUGGAACAACCAUGUUACAUGCAGUAGGUGGCGAUAUUGUUAACAAGAGUUGGAAGGAAGUUCUUGGUGAUCAUACAACAUUGGAUUUAUUUCCAAUGCAUCCAACUGGAAUUUUAGAUGAAAAAUUCAACUACUCAUCGACAUCUGGAAAUUCCUUUUCUAACAAUACCGGAGAGAAUAAUACAUCCUCUUCAAUCAACUCAUCGUCUGAUCAGAGUUGUACCGAAGAAGGUACUACUACUUCACUUGGUCUACAUCAACCAUUCUUCGAUUUCUUCGCUGACCAUCAUUAUCAUCCGCGCUGCAGCUACUGAUAAGUAAUCUAAGAUGAUAUUUUGACCCCAAACUACUGGAUCUUAAUUAACUGUUGAAUGUGUCUCCAACCUAUAUUGGCCUGCCUCACACCUAAGAAGUAAUUAGGAAUUCAGGGCUUGUUUAUACUUCGGUACUUCGUGUUUUAUUUGGUGUCCAAAUAGCAUUUUUGGUAUCUGAAGCUUCUUAAUUAAUCAGCGACGAACAGGGAGGUAAGACGUUUCAUUCUGAGUUUUGUAUGCUCUGUUGACGCUUAGUUUUUUUUCUUUUGGUAGUGUAAAAGGGAUAGUCUUGAGCUGACUCGUGAUGUUU